AUGGUUGUGAUCCUAGGCGACGGCACGGUCGUCGCGGACGACGAUCCGCGCGCCCGCCUGCGCCGGGCUCGCCAACAGUUGCCCGACAGCCGCCUGAAAUAUGCUCUGCUGGCGGUGGCGCUCGCAGCCGCGUACAGCUUCGUAAACGCGCCGGCGUCGGAGGCCGCCGGAGGAAAGGUCCCGGCCAUGAAUCGCGCGCCGAAAGACCACUGGCUCCACCUGUACUACUCGCCGUUCCUGGUGCGCGACCUCUCGACGUCCUCGGCGCACCAAGAUCAUAGCGUCCUCGGCCGCGUAAAGCACCUGUUCCGCCCGGGGUUGGGCAAGGACACGACGCUGGAUAGUAAGGGCCGCGAGGUCGAUUACGGCGGCGCCGACGGCUCCGCCUUCGAAGAGAUCGACAUCGAGGACCCGGACUCCGUCGUCGACAGUGCACAAAUCAGACUUUGGCACCCGACUCACUGGUUGAUUUGCGCACAGGUCGUCGGGACGCGCUGCGCGUCGACCAAGUUCGCGCUCUCCGUCUACUUCUGCGGCGCCGCCACCGCGAACGGCGACGAACUCAAUACCUGGAACGGGUGGGCCGGCGGCCUCGCGGCUCUCCGGGAGACGCUCGAGUCGAUGCACAUGCUGUCGAGGAAGGGAGGCGUCCACCCCGCCUUCGUCUACGAGCUCUCCCUCGGCCAGAAGGAGCGGUCGGACCCGGCGCUCGAGCACGUUUGGACAAUUGUGGCCCAGCCCGACGGAACCUACAUGUGGCUGCAGUCCUAUAUUCAGCAGUAUACGCUCCAGAAGUGGAUGAAGGAGACGCUACGCCGCGGUGAGCAGUAUCUUACCUACGAGCAAUUGGUGGCGAAGCUCGACAAGUACCAAGAAUUACGCGCCGCCGCGGCGACGGGCUGGACCGCACGGGCGAACACGCUGUACAAGGAGCUCUUUUGGGUCGACGUCAGGGAGAAUGGGGACGUCCGCUUCUCGGCCGCGAACGCCAUCGAGGACCUCUGGUGGCAGAUCCGCUGCAAGUAUCCGACAGCCAAAACGCCCCCGCCGCGAGGCCCCGGUCCCCGCGCGGGCGAGUCGCGAGGGCCGGAUACGAGUAGCGGGGACCGGUCCUAACUCUGUCGUGUUGAAUACACAAGUUGUUACCCUC